GAAGUUUAUAUUCUGCGGCUGGGUCGACGCGUACUGGCAUACGUAUUCCGUCGCUCGCACUGUUCAUACGCGAUUAACCAAAGCGGUGUGGUUCUCCAGUAUCAAUAUUGAAAGUAUUUUUUUUAUCUCUGCUGGAAGCAUUUGCUACUAAACAAAUCCCAUCAAAAUGUCUGUGAAAACUAAGCUGAUGAAGGAAAUCGCCGAACCGAUGGCCACAUCAGGCAACAAGGUCACCAUCGUCGGUAUCGGCCAAGUCGGUAUGGCAUGUGCCUUCAGUAUUCUGACCCAGAGUGUGUCUAGCGAGGUGGCCCUCAUCGAUGUCAACGCAGAUAAACUGCAGGGAGAGAUGUUGGAUUUGCAACACGGUUCAGCUUUCAUGAAGAACGCCCAGAUCAAUGCCAGUACAGAUUUUGCUGUCUCAGCGGGCUCCCGUUUGAUCGUGAUCACGGCCGGUGUCCGCCAGAAGGAAGGCGAGAGCCGAUUGAACCUGGUUCAACGCAACUGUGACAUUCUUAAGGGAAUCAUUCCCAAACUAGUCGAAGUUAGCCCCGACUGUAUCCUGCUGGUCGUUUCGAACCCGGUCGACAUCCUCACGUACGUAGCCUGGAAAUUGUCCGGUCUUCCGAAGAACCGGGUUAUCGGCUCCGGAACCAACCUCGAUUCGUCACGUUUCCGUUUUCUGAUGUCGCAACGGUUGGGUGUUGCGCCGACUUCAUGCCACGGCUGGAUUAUCGGUGAGCACGGUGACAGUUCCGUCCCGGUUUGGUCCGGCGUCAAUAUUGCCGGAGUACGUUUGGCCGAAAUCGAUCCUGCCAUCGGAACGGCGGAUGAUCAAGAAAAGUGGGGUGAUCUGCAUCACGAAGUCGUCAACAGCGCCUACGAAGUUAUCAAACUGAAGGGAUACACUUCAUGGGCUAUUGGUCUCAGCGUGGCUUCACUAGCAUCGGCUAUACUGAGAAAUACUUACAACGUACAUGCCGUUUCUACUCUAGUUACUGGAGAGCAUGGAAUCAACGAGGAAGUCUACCUAUCUCUACCAUGCGUCCUAGGCAGAAACGGCGUAUCACACGUGGUGAAACAAAUUCUAACAGAAGAAGAAACUAAGAAACUGCAGAACUCUGCUAAAAUUAUGGGAGAAGUCCAAGCUGGAAUCCAGUUUUAGACAGUUAUAGCUUUUAGGAUAUUAUUAAAUUAUUAUAUUUAUCGGUUAGCGAGCACUGUACUAAUCUGCCACUGCAAAAAAAAUAUCAGAACUAAAUUUCUGAACAUGCACACCAAAUCUUUCAACUCUUUCACUCCUCAAAAAUUUCUUAUGUAGUCUAUGAUAGAAGUUAUUAAACUAAGAGAGAAUGCAUUAAUCAAAAAGGAAGCAUUUGUUUUGAGUAAAACUUUAAAUCUCUGUUGACAAAGGAAGCAAUGAAAAUUUAUCAGAGCAAAACACAGCCUACCUCGAAUAGCAUUUAUAAACAAUUCGGAAUCAAAGGAUUGGACAAAAUGUAAAUUAUUCAGAACCAUUAAAUUGAAUUAGUAUAAAGUAUUAUUUCUCAUGACAAGGUCAGUAACAGCCAGUGACUAAGUAAGCGUACAAUGAGAGGAUUAGUAAACUUUUAACCCAGAACAUGCAACUUGCUUGAUAUAUUCGAUGGUCUUUCCGAUCACGGCAUUUCGAGUACCUAUGGAAACACUCAACUAAAUGUGCGCAUGUAAUAAAAAAAAUAAAAUAAAUGACUAAUAGAGCAA